AUGACGACCAUGGACUCCUCCGCCAGCGUUUCGUCUCGCGAGUCUCUCUAUUCCAUGGACAGCGCCACCAGCGAAGAAGACGAGGCUGAAUCUUGCGGCAGCUUUGCGGUCUUCUUUUCGGACAGCAGCAGCGACACGGAGAAGGCGGUGGGCCCCUUGAGGAGCCGGCAGGACGGUUACCGGGAUGGGCAGAGUUUUCGGUACACCUUGAAAUCCAAGCGGACGAAUCCGGGCUUGCUUUGCCAAGGCCACAAGUGCCCUGCCCGGAAGCCGCUUGGCAGGUUGACUUCAGCCCAUCUGCGCCCUGCUGGGCACCGUUGCCCUUAUCCUGAAGAAUCCUACUGUGCCCGCUUGAGGGGUGCAGAUGGGGGGCUGCCCAGGAAGGCAGCGAGCCAGAGGAAGAUGGAAAAUGGGGGGCGGAAACGGCUCAGCAGUGCCGUGGGAGGGGGCCAGGCCCCGGAACGUGCGGUACAGCCCUCCCUGGCCGGGAGCAAAAGGCAUCGGAGCAAAGACUUGGAGGCCGGAAGGGAUCCGUGCUCUCUCAGUUGGACUGAAGGAGAUCAGCUGUUUGCUCAAAAGUGUCGGGAGCUUCAAGGUUUCAUCCUUCCACUCCGGGAGCUUCUUGGCAGGCUGAAGAUGGGCCACUUCGACAGAGGGCUCAGCACCUUCCAGCAGAGCGUGGCCAUGGAUCGGAUCCAGCGGAUAAUUGGUGUCCUUCAGAAGCCAGGAAUGGGGGAGCGCUACCUGAGCACCUUGUUGCAGGUCGAAAGGAUGCUGAAAGUUUGGUUCCCUCAUGUUGCCUUGAAGAGCUCACACACUCACCGUGGCACGGAGCCAGAGAACAAGUCUGAAACAGCCGAGAAACCUUUGUCGACAGAGACUGUGCUGCCAAGGAAGGCAGCUUCUAGCCACAGUCGCGCACAGAGCCCCCCCACGGAAAAGCUCCACCAGACGCACCUCACGGACUCGGCCUCCUCUGACUGCAAAGCCGAGGCUUUGUGGGGGGAGCCAGCCCCCUUGCUGGCCAACUGGCCUGCCAUGAACUUGACCUGGAUUCAUACUUCGCCGAUUUCGAACCCUCCACUGGGACACGUGAACUCUCCCUUCGGGCAGGCCCUGCUGGGCCCGGCCCCCCCAAGCACCUAUGGCAUCGUCCUCUUCCUCCACGAUGGCACUGCCACCCCCGGGUCCUGCGACCGCUCCACUUCAGUCACCCCGGCCCUUCCUCCCCCGGCCUGUUUCCUUUCUAGCCGGCUGCUUCCGAGCGCUGGAGAGCUUCCGCGCUGCCAGAGCCUCCCGGGUGCCACGCAAGGGGGUACCACCGGCCUUCCGUCCAGGUCCUUUGCUUGCCACUCAAAGUCUCUGCCAUGUUUGCCAACAUCUGGUGAGAAACUGACGGCUGGUGACAGGCCGGAUCGUUGCGGCAACUCCUGA